UCCCGCUGUGGCAUUAGGCGGCUUCUCGCAGAGACAGCUCCUUCACGGGAAAGGGGUCCCCGAGUGCCGAGCAAACACCUGAAGACGCGGAAAGGAACAGCCUGGGGCUCCGUGAGAGCCGGAGGGGCUCCGGGAGAGCCGGGAAUGGCCCGGCAGCGCUGCCGCCGCCCGGCAUCGCCCGGGGAAAGCUCGGCGGGGCCGGCCCGAGGGGCGGGAGCCCCCGGCCCGGUGCCAAUGGCUGCGGGGGGGUGGCUCUGCCUGGCCUGUCUCGCUCGGUUACAGGAUGGAAAUUCCCGGCCUCCCCGGGGAGGGAGCUCUCUGCGCUCUGAAAGGCUCAUUUAUCCCGGCGCUGCCGCCCAGAGCGGGGGACCCGGGCUGCUGCUGCCGCCGGCCCGGCGCAUCCCCGCAUCCCCGCCCCGCACCAUGCUGCUGCUGCUGCUGCUGGCGCUGCUGCUGGCGGCGGCCCCGCCGCACGGCGGCUCCGAGAGCCCCAAGGGGAAGCAGAAAGCGCUCCGCCAGCGGGAGGUGGUGGACGUGUACAAUGGCAUGUGCUUACAAGGCCCCAGUGGCGUUCCUGGACGGGAUGGAAACCCAGGAGCCAAUGGAAUCCCUGGGACACCUGGGAUCCCAGGACGGGAUGGGCUGAAAGGGGAGAAGGGCGAGUGCAUGCGUGAGAGCAUCGAGGAGUCCUGGACACCCAACUUCAAGCAGUGUUCGUGGAGCGCGCUUAAUUACGGCAUCGACCUUGGGAAGAUCGCGGAAUGCACCUUUACCAAGAUGCGCUCCAACAGCGCUCUCCGCGUGCUCUUCAGCGGCUCCCUUCGGCUCAAGUGCAGGAACGCCUGCUGCCAGCGCUGGUACUUCACCUUCAAUGGGGCAGAGUGUGCUGGGCCACUGCCUAUUGAAGCCAUCAUAUACUUAGAUCAAGGAAGCCCAGAGCUGAAUUCUACUAUUAACAUACACAGAACUUCCUCAGUGGAAGGUCUGUGUGAAGGGAUCAAUGCUGGCUUGGUGGAUAUUGCCAUCUGGGUUGGGACGUGCUCAGAUUAUCCACGGGGAGAUGCUUCUACUGGAUGGAAUUCAGUCUCCCGAAUCAUCAUUGAAGAACUGCCAAAAUAACUUUCCUCCUUUUUAUAUAAUACCUUUUUUUUUUUUUUUUUAAUUUUGUACUAUUUUUUUUUUCCAGAGUUUAUUUCAGUAGAGUUGGAUGCAAGUACUGGACUGAAAGGCACCAAAGCCUUGCAUCUGUAGCCUUUGUCUUGUUUUGCACAUAGCAGAGGCUUUUUAUAAUAAUCAUGUUAGACUACAAGUAUCAAAAC